CAUGUGCCUCCUUGCGUAGCUCUAACCCAUCGCAUCCUAAUGACAUCUUGUCAAUGACGCAGCUCAAGAAGAUGCCCUUCAAGGAGCAGGUGCGGGCGCUUCUCGUCAAUGCCAAGGUCAUCCAGUUUGGCCAGCUGAUUGGUUUGCUGGACGCAACAACGCAGGUGAAGGAAGUCUUGGAAUUGCUGCCUCAGUUUGCCUGGUUGACGCGUGGAUGCUGGGUGGUCAAGAGCGAGCUGCUGUACCCGCAAGGUACUUGCAGCGCACAUAGUGGCAUUGCGGCUGAGAUUCUCUGCAAAGCGCGUGAUUACACGGUCUGGCGCUUCGCGCAGUCGCGCUUUGUCAAACGGCAAGAUGUCACGACCGUCAUCAAGGUACGCACAUCCUCCUGUGCCGAUGCAC